AGCUUGCAAACUCCCGUUUAUUUCAUUAUUUUAUUCUCCCUGUCAUGUUAGCUUAUACUAACUUCUUGUUACUUCUGGGUGUUGUUCAACUACUCUAAAUGACCAGCUGCUCAAAAAAAAAAAAAAAAGUGAGAAAGGAACUGUUUUCAUGAAAUUUUCUUACUUGGGUUUCCUAGUACUAGAAUUAUAAUACUUGACUCUGAGUUAUUUGAUUGGGUACUAAUUUAUGAUCUGGAUUCAAAAUCUUGUAGCUGUAAAAGAAGUUUUUUGGUUCUGAUACAUAUGUUUUAAUGGGCAAAUAUUUGGUUGAGAACUUUGACAUGAAUAUGAUUUCAGACCCAUAUAUUUUAAUGGAUUUUUACAGCUGAUGAUGGGUAAAUUUUUUUAUAAUGUUUGGUUUUCUGCAUGAAUAACAUCUCACAACCAUAAAUGUUACCUUUUUAGCUGUAAAAAUGUAAUCUUUGGAAUGUUUUCCAGCAAAAUAGCUGACUUAAAUUCCCACAUAAGAACAUGGUCUGGCUCUGUUACUGCAAAUAGAGAAGGAUGCUGGGAGUUGUGUGGUCUGUGGUGUAUACAGUCCAACUGGUAAUGCUUGUUGCAAAGAAAACUACAGAUAACCCGUGGGUUCUUCUUGAUGCAUUUGUAGUUUCAUGGAUUCUCAUAUUCACUGAUUCAUUGUGAAUUUUAAUACCUUUGCUGGCAAAACAUGUAACCAUUGUUUGAACAUGCAUGUAACAGCACAUACCCUGUUGGGUUAUACUUGUAUAGUUUUUGUAACCGUCCAAAAUUUAAAAAAUGUGACUUGUCCCCCAGGAUCUCAAGCAAGCAGAAAGCAAGUGAUCUUAUUAUGUAUAGUAAUCCAUGGUAAACAAUGUUUUGGAGUUAAUUUUACUUUAGAUGUCACUAAUUUUAUUCAUAUGAAAGAAAUUAUUUUUUUACUUGUAUGGGGUUCAAUAACUGUGAAGCAAACUAGUGUUGCAAACAAAGCAGAAAAAUUGCUAUGAGAUGGAAAAAUCCAUCAAGCCUCUUCCUUAGGAAUUAAUUGUUCUGUGCAAGACUCUAACUCUGUAUUUCUAGGGCCAAAAUGGCCAAAUACCAUCAAUUCUUGAAAUAUUUUGCCCAGAAACACUGUUUCGGAAAAAUAUAGCGAUCUACCACUUUUUGUGGUACUCGAUCUUACUCGAGCUUGAUGAGCUCGAGUACCAUAUUUUUUUAAUCCAACGUGGCCCGUUGACAUGGAAAGUUUAAUUAAAAAAUUUUAAAAAAAAUUUGGCCAUUUAGUACUCGAGCUUGGUGCGCUUAAGUACUAUGCGUGGUACCCAAGUCCAUCAAGCUCGGGUACCAUUCUGUACUGGCAACUUAUUUUAUAACAAUAUCAAAACUUCCUCUCUCAAUUUUCUGAAACCCAGCUUAUAAACUUCAUUCCCACAGCUACUCUCUCAUCACUCACUCUCUCAAUCUCCCUCUCAACUCUCUCUGACUUUCUCAAUCUCGCUAUCAAACUCUCCCACAUGCUUUCAAUCUCCCUUUCAGUCUCACUCUUGCUCUCAUUCUCCAUCUCCCUCUCGCUCUCGGUCUCCCUCUCGUUCUGUUGCUUGGUCUCCCUUUCGCUCUGUUGCUCGGUCUCCCUCUCGCUCUGUUGCUCAUGCUCUCAGUCUCCCUUUCACAAGCUUAUCAAAAUCCAUUCUCCCAUGCGGGCUGAUCCAAACCGUGUUGUAAAAUGGGUACCACGCCGUGGCACAAUUAGAGCGGCUAGAAUUGCAUCAGAGAAAUUAUUGAAGAGGGUUGGAGCAGGGUCUAGUGACCCAUUAGCUGCAUGUUCAAUUACUAAGAAGCAAGUUGAGAGAGAGCCUGUAGCAUUGUCAAACCUUAGAUAGGUGGCUAGUGACCAUCAAAAAUAUGUGGUGAAUUUGUCCUACAUCACUGGUUGUGGUUUAUUUAGGGUUUUCAUUUGAAAGAGGAGCUUGAUUUGGGAUUAUAAGGAAGAAGGAAGACAAAUAAACACACAUCCUCAUUAGCACAAGAUAGAAAAGAAGUAUAUAGAGAAGAGAGAGGGAGAAAAGAACACAUGAAGGCCAACAUGCCUCUAUGCUCAAAUACUUUAUUUAUUAAUCAACUCCACCUAUUCUUUGAUUACAUUGAGAACAUAUAUAUAUAUAUAUUAUAAGUACUCAUUCUUGUACUAGUAGUAUUAGGAUUCCCAAGUUUGACUAGUAAACUAAAAACCUAAUAAAGUAAUAUAUAAAAGACCAACUUGGACGCAAAACUAUAUAAACCCAAGAUACUUAUGCUCUGUUUGUUUUGAUAGAUAACGUUUUCUACAAAAUGAUUCGUUUUCCAAAGAACAUUUUCUGGAAAUCAGACUUGUUUUCCUAUGUUUGUUUGCAACAUUGAUUUUGGAUUUGGUCCUCACUUCAAUAAGGCUUGUGCCUUUUUGGUGCCUCAUGUCUCAAGUAGAAGGCCUUGUGCCGUAAGUCACCUUUUUUCCUUUGACAUGCCAUUCUUGUCUGAAUCUAAAAAUGGUUCAAUAAGUUGUCUGCCUUCUUCUGUCUCUAGUAUUUUCAUGUUUGUUGCUUUUAUGUAUUCACUUUUGAUAUGUGUGUA